AUGACCAGCCCCACCACCUCGACUAUCUACGUCAAACACACCUCUCGCAUCCAUGCCUCCCGUCCGGCGAGCUUUGGUCCGCACUUCUCCAACCCAGACGGCCAGCCCAUGAACUUGAUCCCAAUCGAAUCCUAUCUCCACCACCCAUCAUCCCCCUCCAUAUCACCGGCCACAGAAGCAGUACCAUCAACUCUAGUCGAACCCGAUCCUUUCAAGAACCGCAAAGGAUGUCCUCCAUCAGCAUCUCUCGCCCCGCUUUCUGAUCAACCACCCCUCGACCGACCAUCUGCUACUCACCCUCAAGACUGGAUCGCACUCAUCGAGCGUGGUACGUGCGCAUUCGUCGACAAGGUCCGAUAUGCUCAAACACUAGGCGCUUCAGCCGUCAUCGUCGGAGACUGGCAACAAUCAACAUCCGCAUCAUUCUCUCCUCACCAUCCCUUCUCGCUAUCCCCAAUAUUCUCCCAACCCUCAAAGACUAGCGACAACUUUGGUUUCAACUCUGGUCUACUCACCAUGUAUGCACCCGGUGAUACCAGCGAUGUCACCAUCCCAAGCGUCUUCGUGGCAAGAGACAGCUAUCUGAGUCUCAGGCAGGACUGGAAGGAAUUCUCUGCCAUUUCCGAUCAACCCUUCCCCCAUCCACCUCCAGCCGAUCUGGAUCACCUUCAUUCACUGGAAGUCAUCAUGAGCAAGGACGAAUUAUGGACUUGGCCUUUUUUCGAUUUGGUUAUCAUUCUCCUGUUCUUACCUUCGAUUCUGACCAUAGUCACCCUACUUCUACAUCGUAUCAGUACAUUCCGCAAAAGACGGGCGGAUAGGGCGCCUAGGGAGCUUGUCAACCGACUCCCCUCCGUCAUCUGGGCCAAAGAUAUGGAGAAAGGUAUCCCACUCCUCAAUGACUCACAUCUCAGCCCGCCUCAAGACUCGCCAGCAUCCCUACCAGUCGGACGGAUAUCAGCACUUUCCGAAUGGCUACAAAACAUUCAACCAAGAUUCCAUCCUAUCAUCUUCUCCAACCCGCGUUCGGAGCAAACCCCCUUACUCACCUCCGCCAAUCCUCAUCGGGUCGUCGAGCCCGUGUUGAGGAAACAGCGGCAAAAGGUUUAUUUCUCUCAGCGGGAAUGUGCUCUGUGCUUGUCAGACUUCGAAGUAGGCGAUUUGAUUAGGAUCUUACCAUGCGGACAUUGCUUUCACCAGUCACAAUUAGAAGAGCAAUGUAUGGGUAUCGAUUGUUGGCUAUUGAAAUCUAAAAGAUUUUGCCCAAUAUGUCGAAUGUCAAUCGUUGAGGAACCUGAAGGUCCAGCUGAGACCAGCACCGUUGACCCAAUAAUCAAUCCAACUAGCCCGGUAGAACGAAACCUCACAGGGUUACCAUCUGAACCGAUCCCGCUUCCCUCCAAUCAUUGCAACCGACCAGUCCAUAACCAGUAUUCAACAGGAACCAACAAUGGACCAAUACCUUCUUCCUCAAGUGUCACCCUAGAUCAUGCUUGUUCUCGCACUCGCAUUUGA